GAGCUAUUAAAGGACAAAGAACUUUUACAUAAAUAUGGUUCUGAGAAGUUUAACAUAACUCCACCAGAAAAGAAGAAGAGAGAAAAGAAAGAAAAGAAAGUAGAAGAAGAGAAGAAAGAACCAGAGCCAGUUCCAGAGAAAAAGAAAUUUGACAUGUAA